AUGAAUUCGAGCACUCCAUACUUGGAUGCAUUGUCCAAACACUUUCCAUCAGAAUGUUCGUCCAUCAUAGAAUCUCUGAGUUCCGAGCAUGCCCGCUCUGCUGUAGACACACUACUUGCAUUUGCAUCUGGCGGUGAUUGUCCCACAGACAUGUCGGCACUCGGUCAACUAGGGUGGGCACGAGAUCAACCUGCCGCCAUGAGGGCUAUUCAAGACCUGGCUGUACAGAAAGGCACAAAACGCGGGCGAGAAGCCAGCACUGAUGAAGAAGGCGUCGGGUCAAAUUCCAAGCGCCCAAAAACUACGGAUGUACCUGAGGACGACCGGCCCAUUUUUACACUCCCUUCGAUAUCCACAACCUCGCCCGUUCGAAAAAAAGUUGAUAUCACAAUUCACGAGAAAACGAUACGCUUUGUAAAUCCCUCAUCUCAUACGAUGGAAGCUUCAAUCCCAAUUUCUAGUAUUUCACGAAUAUUCCUAGUACCAACGCGCGGAAAAGCAAAGCAGCACUGGACAGUCGUCAUGCUAUCCAGCGACGUACCUGGAAAGGGUAGGGCCACAACUUCUAACCCACACCAAAUAAUAUUUGGACUUGACGCUAUAAGCGCCUCUAAAUUCGACACUACCUCCUACUCUGCCUCGUCUAUUCCAUCCACGUCAACAGUUGCGAAAGGAGAAGAGACUCUCUCCGUCCUACGCGAGUUUCUGACACAUCUCCCUAUUUCUCUUCUCGAGGCCUCAGCAACUGUAUUUCGCAGUGCAUGUGCCACUUCUAAAUCGGGACACUGCGCAGCGGGUAUUGAUGCUUACUUUGCCGCCAAACCUGGAACUCUAUGGUUUUUUGAUUCAGGAGUUCUCUGGGGAGAGAGUAAACCAUGCGAGUUCUGGGCCGUUGGUGAUCUCAUCCCAAAAGAUGGUGUUCGCCUGAUCAGUGCCACGGGUCGCACGUGUUCCGUUAUCCUAGGGAGAAAGAUAUCCUCGUCUGCUGAAGAGCACAACGACAAAGAGAAUGCAGAGGGAGACAUUGUCGAGACGGAGUUCUCCAUGGUCGACGGUUCCGCUCCACCUCCUCCCAAAGCCACAAGUGGUAAGAAGGCAACAACUGAGGAGAGACCAUCUAUUGGCGGCAAUACUGCUACAAAUGGUCCCGCGUGGGAUGACUCGGACUCGGACGAUGAGGACUACGAGAUUGCAUCUUCAGAAGAUAUUGAUAAUAGCAGCUCAUCAGAUUCAGAGGCGAGCGACAUCAGGAGCGGUAGCCAACCUGAUGACGGUUCGGAUGAGGAAGACAACCGUGGAAGUGAUGCCAAUGGCGAAGAGAGUGGUGAGGAAUCUGAGGAAGAACUCCAAGAAGCACAUCAUCCUCUCUUGCGACCGGGCGCUAUGCCUAGGAUGUCCAAAGCGACCAUCAAUGCAGUCAUAGACAUGGUGAAUGAGGAUUUAGUAGAGGGCAGCGAGGAAGAAGAUGAGCUCGACGAUUCAUAG